AUGAGCUCAAACAAGGCCCUCGUCUUCAAGAAAGUCCCCGAAGGAUACCCAGUCCCCGGCGAGCACCUUACCAUCGAGCCUGUCGAGUAUGACGCCAACACCCCCGCCCCCGAGAAUGGUGUUGUCCUACAGUCCCUCUACACCAGCUUUGACCCCUACAUGCGUGGCCGCAUGCGCCCCGCUCACGUCAAGUCAUACUCUCCCGCUUUCGAGCUUGGCAAGCCCAUCGACAGCACAACGAUUGCGAAGGUCCUCCGCUCCAACAAUGCUUCUUUCAAGGAAGGCGAUCUGGUCAUCGGCUUCGUCCCCAUCCAGGAGUACAUCGUUCUCGAUGGCUCCCAGGUUGCCCGCAUCCGCCCUCUCGAGAACCCCCUCGGCAUCGAGGACAUCCGUGUGUUCCUCGGUGCUCUGGGUAUGCCCGGUCUGACCGCCUACUCUUCCCUUUACGAGAUCGGUAAGCCCAAGAAGGGCGAGACCAUCUUCGUCUCAGCUGCGAGCGGCGCUGUCGGACAGCUCGUUGGUCAGUUGGCUAAGCACGAGGGUCUCAAGGUCAUCGGCAGUGUUGGUUCUGACGAGAAGCUCGAGUACAUCACCAAGGACCUGGGCUUUGACGGUGGUUUCAACUACAAGAAGGAAAAGCCCGCUGAUGCUCUGGCCCGCCUGGCGCCCCAGGGUAUCGACAUCUACUACGAGAACGUCGGUGGCGAGCACCUCGAGGCGGCUCUGGACGCUAUGAACAACUUUGGUCGUGUCGUUGUCUGCGGCCUGAUCUCCCAAUACAACACUGCUCCUUACCCCAUCAAGAACAUCCACAAUGUGCUGAUCAAGCGUAUUGACAUGCGUGGCUUCAUCGUCAGCGACCCUGGCAUGGGUGACAAGUACACUGAAGAGCACCAGAAGAACGUGCAGAAGUGGAUCAAGGAGGGCUCUUUCAAGGCUCUUCUGCACGAGACCACCGGUAUCGACAAUGCCGCCGAGGGUCUGGUGGGUAUCUUCUACGGUAAGAACAAGGGCAAGGCUGUCCUGAAGUUCUAG